AUGAAAAAGGAUUUUCCCACGAGAGGAGAAAGUGAUGACGAAAAUGAAAAUUAUGAAUGCAAUGAUAUCAAAGAUCUGGAAUUUCGUUUGGCCCAUGACCUCAACAAAUUGCAGGAAGUAAGUACCAGAAGUCAAUGUUUUACACAGCAUCAGAUAAAUUUAUUAAAGAUUAUUCUAUGCAGUGGACUGUACCCACAAGUAGCCAUUUCAGAUGAAUGUAACACAUUUAAACCAAAUUCAGAUCAAGUCUUUCAUACAAAGAGAAAGGGUUUUCUAGUGUUGCAUCCAACAAGUGUUUUUUUUAGCCAACCUGAUCUUCUGCAGUUACCUGAUAAUGAUAUGACUGAAAUUGCUGGCCACAAAGGUAUAAUGAGUUCUAAGCAUGAAUUAUUAGCUUAUGUAUCAAUUCUUGAAACCAAUAAGCCUUACCUGAUCAAUUCAGUAAGAGUACCAGCAAUGGAGACACUAUUAUUGUUCAGCAAUACAAUUGAUACAAAUAGAAAUUGUUCAAGGAUGGUUUGUGAUGGUUGGUUAGAGUUGACAUUUGCUCAUGCUGAUGAAGGUGAGCAAGUUUUAAUCAGUGCCAUUCUUCUUCGGUCACUCUGGCAGAAUUUGAUUACAUCAAGGCUUCAAGAAAAAUCUCAUCAGCGUAGACAAAAUUCUGACCAAAGUAACAGUAAACUUGAACAUGAUCUUACUGAGAAACUGGCUGAAUUUAUUAACAGUAAAAUAGUUUAUUCUAUCCGUAGAAUAAUGACUGCCGAACUAAAACAUCUUUAUGUUGGACAAUUGAGCGAACCAAAUACAGAGUUUCAAAGAAUGAUCAAAUCAAACCAAAUUAAUCAUCAUCCUAUCAAAGGAGGAAUUAUUGUGAAUGACUAUCUCAUCUACAAUUGUUUACAGAAUAAUACAAGUAUACAGAAGCAGAACACAAGUUCAAUACAACAACACUGUGACACAAGUUUUUUAGACAGUUUUUUGAAAAAACUGCAGCAUGAAGCAACCUGUGAGAUCACAUCACAAGAAUCAGGAAGUUUGCAGAAAGAAAUCAUUUCCACCAGCCAACAUCAAUUUUUUUUCUGUACAGAAUGCCAAAAGGAAUUUCUUUUUACCAAUACAGAAAUUCUCAAGCACAAAAGAAACCAUAAGAAUUUUCCAAAAGUUUAG